AUGACCAUGGUCGAGAAUAUGGGACCCACAUGGUCACGGUGUUACGUUGCGGUAUCGGAAAGAGACAAGCCGGUUGCCCCUUUUAUAAAACCAGGGAGCUUCCAUGAUGGUGUGGUGGUUCCCAUUGGCUUUCAAUUUCCACUGCCUGCAUUCUCUUCCGUCUUCGCCUACACCUUGAUUGGCUCGGAGAAAGGUGAGGUAUUUUGGGUUAGUAUGAUGAUGCCCAGGAAGCCAAAAAGUAAAGGGUACCGUUUCCCAGGCCCAUGGGAUCGAUUCCUCCGAAUCGUGUCUCUGGGGAAAGGGACCGGCCAUAGAUCACGCACUGUGCACUGCCUUAGUGUAAGCAGGAAGGAUACUUCCUGUCCCGAGAAACCUCCCCAGCAUCUCCAUGGCGUGGUUGAUCUGCAAGUCCGCUGCGAUCUGCACUGCAUGUGUACACCAAGACAGAGUCCGCGGAACUUUGCGGGGGAAAGGAAGGGAAUAAGGGAAGGUGUGGACGCCAAACUUUCCGUUGGACGGCGUGUGGAGACAGUAGAGACGGCUAGAGUCGGUCAGGAUGAAAUGAGCUGUUUGAGACAGCAAGACGGCUUGAUGCCUUCGAUAGCUUCGGUCAUGGUAAGGCGUCGUACGAAGUCAGUUUGCCCAGCCCGUCCAUGGACACACCGGAUGGAUAGUGCCCGCCCACCAAAUGAAGCUACCGACAAGGGCCUAGGCUGCAAAGGGGCAAGAGACCUCGUGCAAGAUGAGGAUCAGGGGCGGGCAGAAGGGGUGGCAAGACGCGCUGCUGCUGCUGCUACUGCUGCUGCUGCUGCUACUGCUGCUGCUGCUGCUGCUACUGCUGCUGCUGCUGCUGCGACAAGAUGCAUCGACGUGGGCCGCGAGUGGGAUACGGAGUUGAGGCGGAUUACGCAAAACGCACUAGUCUUGACAUGGCUAGCCCGAGUGGAGCCUGCAAAAUCGCGUGUCGUCGCUAUGCAUGCAUGCCCUUCCACACAGACAUCAAGGCCUGUUAGCUUCGCUACGCACGACCGUGGUCUGCCAUGGCGGCUUAUUAACAGAAAACAUUUAGCACAAGGCGAGGCAGCCUAG